GAUUUUCUCCCUCUGCGAACUUCUUCAUAGACUAGAAGAUAAACUUCCAAAAAACCUGUGAACUGGGCGGUGGUUUUGUUGCAUAACGUCCAUGGCUUCAAGAAGACCCUUUUGGCUCUUUGUGAUGGCCACUGCGGUGGCGUUGGCGGUUCUCGGCCCCCGAUGCAGCGGCUCCGGGGUCGGGCACAUGUCUUCGACCAAGGAAGAAGGCGAGGACUUCAAGGAAUUCAAGGUGAAGACAGACAGAGCAGGCGAGAAGGCUGCGGAUGCCGGGAAAGAGGUGAAGGAAGCCUCGGAGUCGUGGACCGAGUGGGCAAAGGAGAAGCUCUCAGAAGGUCUAGGGUUCAAGCAUGACGAGACCAAAGAGAGCGCAACGAAAAGUGCCUCGGAUAAGACCGCCGAUACCGCUAAGACUGUCAAAGACAAGGUCCGGGACGUGGCCUCUGGAGCUGGUCAAUAUGCAGCAGAGAAAGCCAGCACCGUGAAGAACACAGCAUCAGAGAAAGCCGAGGAAGCCAAAAGAGCCACGGCUGAGAAGUCGAGUGAGCUGAAGGACGCGACUGCCAAGAAGGCUGAGCAAGUCAAGAAUGCGGCCAAGGAAACGGCCGAGCACAUAAAGGACACGGCGAGUGCCACAACCCAAGAAGCAAAGGAAAAGGCCGAGGCUGCUGCCAAAUUGGCGGCAGAGAAGGCAGAAGAGUUGAAGGAGAAGGCGGAAGAAUCGAAGGAGAAGGCGGCAGAGAAGGCAGAAGAGUCGAAGGAGAAGGCGGCCAAAAAGGCCGCGCAGGCCAAGCAGAAGGCGGCCGAGACAACAGAGCAAGCGAAGCAGAAGGCAUCCGAAACGGAGGAACAAGCAAGGGAGAAGGCUGCAGAGGCGGCGAAGAGGGCAUCGGAGGAGGCGAAGAGGAAGCAAGAGGAGGCCGACGAGCGCUUGAGCUGGGCCAAAGAGAAGGCCAAGGAAGGCUAUGAAGCGGCUAAGGCCAAAGCCAGCGAGACCCUCGAAGCCACGAAGCACAAGUCUCAGGAGAUCAAGGACAAUUUGGCCAGCAAAGGACACGACGCAGAGGAGCUCUGAGAGACAGAUUCGGCGGCUCCUACGAUGAUAUUUGGGUUCUCUUUCUUUCAAGAUUUUGAGGGCUCUUAUGAGUUUUUGGCAUGUAUAUGUUCAUGUUGUUUACCAAGGACCGUCUUUUGUUUUCCUGUAUACUUUCUGAUGUUCAAAUAAUGCCAGAACCUGUUCAAGAUCCAA